AAGGACAUAACUUUGAUGGAUUUUUUCCAACUAUUAUCUAUCUUUAUGAUUAUCCUUUCAUUUCUUUAAAUUCAUCACCCUUCUUCCAGUCUUCUUUGUACUCCCACUGCUACACAUUCAAUUCCUCACUCAUCGAUCACACGCUCACACCUAUAAUUCAAUUUCCCAUAAUAAAUUUUACACCAAUUUCUCAAUCAUUGCUUUCAAUUUCAUUUCUACCAACUAAAACAACUGAAUUCCCCUUAAUUACUCCCCCUAGAUCUGCUCCCUAACAAAAUUGUUCGAGGGUUUCGCUUUAAUUUCGCCUUUGAUGUUAUCCCACUUCUGGAUUUUGCAGAAAGAGAGGUUUACUUGAGGUAUGACGACGGCGAGCAGUUUCGUUUCCGGGUCCGGGUCGUUGAGUUCAAAACCUGCAACGGGUGUGUCAGAUCAGUUCCCUGUGGGUUUGAGAGUUCUUGUUGUUGAUGACGAUGUUACUUGUUUAAAGAUUUUGGAACAAAUGCUUCGCAGAUGCUCGUAUCAUGUUACAACUUGCUCACAAGCAACUGCUGCUUUAAAUAUAUUAAGGGAAAGAAAAGGUGGAUUUGAUGUGGUUUUAAGUGAUGUUCAUAUGCCUGAUAUGGAUGGAUUUAAGCUUCUUGAACUCGUUGGGUUAGAAAUGGAUCUUCCUGUCAUAAUGAUGUCAGCAGAUGGAAGAACGAAUCUUGUGUUGAGGGGAAUAAGACAUGGGGCAUGUGAUUACUUAAUCAAGCCUAUACGUGAAGAACAACUAAAGAACAUAUGGCAACAUGUUAUAAGAAAAAAAUGGAAUGAAAAUAAAGAACAUGAAAAUUCAGGGAGCAUGGAACACAAAAGAGGAGGAGGAGGCGAUGAUAAUCAUGAUAGUGAGUAUGGUUCUUCUGUUAAUGAAGGAGGAGAAAAUGGGUUGCUGACGUGUCAUAAAAAAAGAAGAAGUAUUAAAGAAGAAGAUGAUUGUGAACUUGAAAGUGAUGAUCCAUCUGCUUCAAAAAAGCCACGUGUUGUUUGGUCUGUGGAGUUGCAUCAGCAAUUCGUUAGUGCUGUGAAUCAACUUGGAAUUGAUAAGGCUGUUCCAAAGAGAAUUCUUGAAUUGAUGAAUGUGCCAGGUUUGACUAGAGAAAACGUUGCAAGUCAUUUGCAGAAGUUUAGAUUAUACUUAAAGAGAUUAAGUGGUGUGGGAGGUCAACAAGGAGGGGGUCCAAAUUCAUUUUGUGGGCCCAUCGAACAAAAUAAAAAACUAGGUUUAUACGGAAGGUUCGAGAUCCAAGCACUGGCGGCUUCCGGCCAAAUCCCGCCGGAAACACUGGCGGCACUUCACGCUGAACUUUUCGGGCGGCCAACCGGAAAUGUCAACUUGCCGCUAGUUGACCACCAACCGAUAUUACAAUCAUCUAAUUACACUCAACCCCUCCCAUCAAAGCAAAUCUCACAACCCGUUGUAGAAGAUGUUCAUUCAUGGCAUUCCAACAACAUGAUUGGUAAUUAUGGUGGAUUGGGAGGGCAAAAUGGUAAUUUAAUAGGGGUAAUGCCAAGUCAGCAGGUUCAGAAACAAGCGAUCACGGUUCAACCCUCGCGUCUUGUUGUCCCGAAUAAUCAAUCAUCAUCGGUUAGUUUUCAAGGGGGGAGUAGUGGCGUUUUGGUAAAUUCGGGUGAGAAACAAAUUUCAUUUGGUGAAUGUGUUCAAGUGCUUGAUCAAGGACCUUUGAAGAAUCUUGGAUUUGUGGUGUCUUCUCUGAAUAGGUUUAGAUCGUGAUUUACAUAUCAAGAUCGUUGGUUGGAAGAUUCAUCUACAAAUCAGAAAUGAAUCAUGAAGGUGAUGAAUUGGUGUUCUUAGAGAUCAAGAAGAGUGUUGUUAGGUAGGAUUAUUAUUGAACAAGUUCAUAGAAUCGUGGGACUUGUUGAUCUUAUUAUAUAUAAGUUUUUAAGGGUUAUGUGUAGCUCAUUCAUCAAUAGUUAUGCAAAGAUUUAGUGAUUGUAAUUAUGUCUCUCUUGUAUGGUAGUUGUAGAAUUGUAUCGUAAUGUUUUUACUCGAUUCAUAUCUUCAAGAAUAUGAACUCUUGCGAAUGAUUCUGCUAUGAAUGUUUUUUAGAUGUGUAAAAUAAAACCAAAUUUAGAUCUUGAAUUAUAUGAA